CCAUGUGCGACAUUUAAUUAUUACAUACCACAUAAUGGUGUACAGGGCCAGGUGGGCCCUUAUCUUAUCAUACAAAACGGACACGGGUCGUCUGUCGAAACUUAUCGAGGAAGCGUAUAUAUUUGUAACACAUAGCAUAGUAUUGAUAAAAUAAAAAGCAACGUCACUCGUGCAUAUUUAACAGACAAACAAGGAAAAUUUAGAGCUAUGUCCAACGUACCUAUAUCGGCAGCGGUUAGGUCAUUAAGUGAGGAACGAACUCGGGAAUGGCUGGAAGCACAGAGUGCUCCAGAUGAGGAUGAGGUAGAAUCAAUUGCCGAAUCAUCGGUGGUGGACAGCCUGGAUUAUGAAUACAGCGAAUACACCCAGGAUGAAGAUGACGAAGACAACGAAAACACAGGAGAGGAAAUUAGUACGAUGCCAUUGGGCACUUCCAUCACGAACAAGCGUUCCAAAAUCAGUGACACUCUACGAGACCUGAUGAACUCUAUCAACAGCAUUCAAACUGUGGGAAAUGUUAACAUCAGUAAUUCUACAAAUGUGCAUAUUGGAAAUGUGACCAACAUCAAUGGAAACAUACAGAUCAUAGCCAACAGCUUGAGUCGAGCUCGACACGAUCGUCGAAAAACUUCACUCACUGAGGUUCCAGCUCCGGACAUUGAACCAAAUUUACUUAGCAAGGACGAAUCGGAAGAGCGAGUUUGCUCCGAUGUAUUUAUUAACAGUCAAAAGUUCAAAAUACCAAAGGAGCUGUGUUCCAUUAUUCCCCGACAUUCCUGGCUGGCCCAAAGCCCCAUGGAGGAGCCAGAAGUACUACAGCGUCCCGUUAAAUAUGUGGUCAUUUUACACACGGCAACCGAGAGUUCCGAGAAGCGCGCCAUAAAUGUGCGACUUAUCCGUGACAUGCAGUGCUUUCACAUCGAAUCACGGAGAUGGAAUGACAUUGCUUAUAAUUUUCUAAUUGGUUGUGAUGGCAACAUCUACGAGGGACGCGGCUGGCGUACGGUUGGAGCGCACACACUGGGAUACAACAAGAUCGCACUGGGCAUCAGUUUCAUCGGUUGCUUCAUGCGAGAAUUACCCACGACGGAUGCUUUGAACAUGUGCCGCAAUCUGUUGGCGCGCGGUGUUGAGGAUGGCCACAUUGCAUCCGAUUAUCGACUUAUCUGUCACUGCCAAUGCAACUCAACGGAAAGUCCAGGCCGACGGUUGUAUGAGGAGAUACAGGCCUGGCCACAUUUCUAUAAUAUUGAGAAGGAGAAACAGUAGUCUUCCUGAAUAUAAAGAGCUGUUAUUGCUGCUCUUAGGAUAUUAAUUCAUAAUUGAUUGAUUGAUUCGGACAAAUAUUCUAGGAUUUUAAUAUUUUUUAGUUGAAUAAAGAUCAAUAUUGAAACUAA